UGACAUUUGUUAAUUAAGAAAGUGGACAAUAAUCGAAAUAAAAUUGCGAAUAUGGAUGAUUAAUUUAAAUGUUAUGUUUAAGAAAAAUAAGUUUAUGCAAAAAUUAGACAACAAAUUGUGUUUAUGAAAUGUGAAAAUGAACGAAUAACCGUUAAUUUGAGUUUACUAGAGUAAAGGAACUUAUGACUUUUUUAAUUAAAUUUUGUAACAAACUUAAAAGAAAGUUAUUUCGGUUAUAAUAUUAUUGUAUUUAAGUGAGCGAAUAAGCCAGCAGAGUUCGUUUAAGAUCUCUAAUAAGUGGAAGAAUUGCUAGUGAUUUACAUUUCGCCUUAACAGUCACGUCGAUGUAUUAUACUUAUGACCUCAAAAUGUAUAUUAAUCGCAAAGUCAAUUAAACGUUCAACUGUGCAUGCUAACCGCACACUACAGCGAAGUGAAGAGAGUAAACUACGGGUACAGCGGAAAUUUUUAAUGUUUCCGUCACACUGUGAGGCCAUCGAGUACUUAAAUAUAUGCAGGCCAACAGCAGAAGAGUAAUUUUCGUAAAGCGGAAAAAGCGAUUAAGCGGAAAGGUGCGAAAGGAAGAGAAGGGAAAAGUAAAGAUGGCAAGCAACAGCUGGUUGCAUACGUUCGGUUGGUGGCAGCAACUGUGAGUAACAAACACAACUGUACUGUCACUGCGCAUCCUAGCAGCAUACACCAUCACGCUUGGCAGCAAGGAACAACAGGUGGGUGCUGUGACAAGAAGGAGCUGGAUAAAAGCGUCGAAUGCGGCGCAUUGUGAGAGCAAAAACAAACGAUAAUCGAAUAAAAUAUUUACGUUGACUUUUUUGCGUGUGGCCCUUUUAGAGCACAACUCUAUUUAAAAGGUGAAAUACAUACAAUUGAAAGUAUAAAAAACCGUAAAUUGUAGAAUGCAUAAAAGUAGCCUUUGUCUUUGCAUUUUGGCAAUUAAAUUUCAUGAAUGGCGGUAUAGCUGCAGACUUCUUCUAAACACAGGACCUCACGCCGGUAUUGUUUAUAUAUUUUGCAAAUCACUCUCUUGACAAGCACGCGAUUCGUUUGAAAGGUUGAACACAACUCAAUAUUGUUGUAGAAUCACAAAAGUUUAUCGAAAAAAAAACUAAUUGUUUAGUUAAAGGUCGCCAACGUCAAAUGCGCUGCAGUAAAAAUUAACUUGUUUAAUUUUUUUAAGGACCACCUCGGUUUCAGUAACUGUUUAUAGAUUUUUUUUUUAUUGUUCUUAAAACAAAUUCUCUCGAACUCAAAUUGCAAAGUCUCGUGGGAUCAAUUGUUUACUUUUUUCACAAAAAUGUCAUUCCUUUGGAGGAUUAAAACAGAGUUGUAUAAAUAUUUUCCUUGGUAAAUAUGUCAUCUGGAAGUGGCGCUUAUUUGUUUCGAUUGACAGAAGCUAGACUGGUGCAAACCCUUCGAUAGAAGCAACACUAUCUAAACGUUAAACAGAACACAAUUCAUGCACGCGAACACAGUGAUGAAAGAGAAAUAUGCUACAUUAUAGAUAUCUAGUACUUAAGAUGACCCAAACAUCAAUAUUUUCACACUGAAUUUAUUCAUAAUGGAUACAAAGAAGUACAAUAAGGUACAUUAAAUGUAAUUCUGCUUUUUAGAGAAGUUAAUUUCACAAUUAUUCGCACAAAAUUAAGGUUCGAAAAAGGCAUAUACGAGUAUAGGUUAGGUUAGGUUAGGUUAGGAGGUCGAUCCCAAGAAGGAUCCCACUUCUUCACAAAACUUUUAGAUGGCAAUUCGUACACUGAUAUGCAGUAGGCAUCAGCAAUAUCGACUUAUAUGUACCCAAUGCAACAUAUUUGAAAGGAAUGUGACAAACUUGAAACGAAAAAAUUCUUGGCUUAUGAUUUCUGGUAUUAAAUCUAUGUAUUUAGUUAGUACAUGCUUCCAACACUCUGUAUUGCGAAAAUUCGAAAUUUGAGGAACAAUUUCACUUCAAACUUUGAACAAAGUUUUUAAGAGUCGUUCGUGGCAUUAUUAAAAUAGCUUAUAUAAUAAUGUUUAUCUCUCGUUACUGAAGUUUAAACUAUCGGAUAUUCAGCGCAGCUUACAAUGUCAUAAAAGAAAAUUUAACAUUGCAAUAAAACCCUUAAAUAAAAACACAAAGAGCAAAUUAAAGAAAUUGUUCAAGGCUAAGCAGAUAAACGUGGAUCACCCAUAAAAUUAGUGUUUUAAAAAAAGUAUGCAACAAAUAUUUAAUAAUUUGAAGUAAAGAAAAUUCCAGAAGAAUAUAUAUAAAGGAUAUUGAUCGCCUCUUUAAUUAUUUGCAUGGCUUAAAUACUUAAUUGUGUGAAUUUUAUUCAAAAAUAAAUGGAUUAUAAUUAAAAUAGCAAUUUGGGUGUGUAUCCGGUCGCUACCUGAUCGAAAGUCUCAGCUAGCCAGGUAUUCUAGAGAAUGCUGGCAUUGCAAUGUAUAGAAAUAGCACAUUUAUUGUUCUACCAAAAAAAUAAGUGCGAGGAAUAAGAAAUUAAGCUAAAGCAACAUAAACAUAUAUACGGGUAUUUUAUUUUCUAAGAAGCUGUUGGUUCAGUAUAAUUUACUUAUACAUACAUACUAGGUAUAUACAAUAUUAGGUUCGCUCAAGUACAUGCUUGUUUAAAGUAGCCAUGGCUUUUCCAUGGAUAAUGCAUCAAUAAAGUUGUGACGAAUGUCAACAGGAUGUCAGCAAGCGUGACGGCAUAUGCGUUGGUGCCAACAAUUACUACUCACAGACAUAAUGAAGACAUGAACAAUUACAUAUUUAUGUACAUACAUACAUACAUACAUACAUUUAUGUACAUACAUGCAUACAUAUGUACGGCAAUAUUUGGAUAAACAACCAUAGCUAAUGUAAAGAAUAAAAUAUGUCGAGACAAGCAAUAAAGAAAAGUUGAUGGCCGCUACUUCAAGGACGACUAGUAGCAAAAUAUGUCCUUGACAUUUUUCUCUUGGGGCUUUAAGGCGUUCUCGACAAUUUUACUUAACACCUUAAACUGAAAGACGUACAGUGUCGACGAAGCUACGCAGUCCAUUGUUAAUGUCUUAAACGCGAAACGUUUCCAGAAAUGCUGAGCAUAGCUUUGUUACUUACGCGGGCUAAAGUAAAGGACAUCAUUUACCUAUUUAUGGUUUAUAGCAGAAAGGGAGACAACUAAAUCUUUCAACAUGAAAGGUAACAUUUCUAUUUAGUAUUUAUUUUCGUACAUUUUCCACGCUGUUGUGCUGUUUACUUUGUAAAACCCUUAGUAAUUCCUUAGUACAGGCGUACAAAACAGCGACUUAAAUUGUUAUUUUCUUUCACUCUACUUUUACCUCGACAAAGCGAUCUAUUGGCGUAACAAUUUAAUCAAUGCGGUAGGUCAAAUAUCCUUUGGUCUGGAAAAUACUAGUCGUUGUUGGCAUGAAUCUUUACACAUAUCAAUAUGUUUGUAUUUGUAUUUGUAUUUAGUUGCAGCGCAAAAUGUGUGUUUCGUACUUAAAACACACAAUUUUUGCUUCUUGGGCAAACAGCAAUGCUAGUGAUAGUUAUUUACCUGUUAAAUAGUGUUCACUCGCCACACAAUAAAUUGACCAUGUGUACGGUGAAUUUUCCCAGGCUCGAAAAUGCUUAAACAUGCACACAAACACAUGGCUACAUUCGCAUAUGUAGCGGUGCUAAAAGAAUACUCGCCGUCUAACGCAUAUUUUAGCUAAUCGCUUAUGUUAUUUAGUCGUCGACGAUUUCUUUUCUACCUAAACGAGCCCAUCUGCAAGCUGUUUAAUCUGCGCAUAUUUUUUCGAUCCUAGCAAUAUACACAUUGCUCGGGCAUUUACCCAAAUAUUUGUCAGAACAUUGCAGUAAUAAUUACUUUAGUUUAAGCUUUGCAUACAACUAAGCUAGCUUAUCGGAAUGGUUGCAAGGUCUAGCCAUGUUUGUCUAGUUGAAAAUCCGCUUUGCGUCCCCUUGCUCUAUACGCCUUAUCUAUUAAGAACAAUCCUUGUAAGAGAAUAUUUUACUGGCAUAAUGCAACUAAUUUUAAGCAGCUUGAAAUUUUCGUCUUCUUAAAAGAUAAACUUGUUGUCACAACUCUUAGUACGCCGAUUUUGUAGAUAAAAAAACAAUGAGAAGAGAACGGUGUAAGAUAUAUGCAUGCUUAUAACUUCAAAUUCCUUAGGCUAGUCAAUUACGUAGGUGUAGCUUAGUAGUUUAUCUAGCUUAAUCUCUUUCGCUGUCGAGGUGGAGCGAUUACAAUGGUUAUAUGGUAGCUGUAGAUAAAUAAGGUGUACUUUCUUUUUUUUACCUUAAUUCAUUGAUCUGUAUAUCAGAUUGAAUGAUUUAGAUAUCGAAACACUGAGUAAGUCUGUAGGCGCGUGGUGAAACUGGAAAGGUUUGUCUUCCAAAAACACCUUUUAUUUGAUAAAAUAAAUUUUUUUUUAUAAUGUAUUUUGUAUGCGUUAAGUAAUAAGUUCAAAUUACUAAUUUUUGGAUAAAUCCAUUAGAAUGAGCAAGUUUAAAUCAUCGUCAGAAUCUAACACUGUGAGCCGCCCUAAAAGUAAGCAUAAAUAGGUACUUCUGGGCUAGUUUGAUUCUUAUGUUCUGGAUGACAAUCUUUUGACGUUACGUAUCCAAGAGAGAAACCUAACCCAUUCUUCUUUUUGACGGUCAUCAAACCUUCUAGAAUUAUGUUUUUCUAAACAUACUAGAAUUUUGUUUUGAAAUCAGUCAUAUAAGUAAGGCUAAAAUGUAGUGAAAGCAAAGCGAAAGAAAGCCGACUUGUUAACUAUGCGGUAUAUUCAGCAUGUAUUGGUUAAUCACGUUACAGUCUCUGGUACGGUUAGAAUAACAAAAAUAUCAUAUUUUCAGCACAAGUCUUUCAAAACGUUUAUGAUGUGAAUUUUUCGUCAUCUUCCUACUUCAAUACCACAAAAGGUAAACCAUUGAACGGUACUUUGAAUUCUAAACUAUUUAUUUUAAUUGAAACAAAAAUUUUCGUAUUUUAAAAAUUAGUAUCAAUGAAAAAGUCUACUAGUAUCUUAACGUUCCCACACUUUUCGAUUCGCAAUUAUAGGCUAGAACCUUGAAAUAUUUGUAAAGACCAAUUCCACCUUUUAACAACACCCCCACUGGGUUCUAUGUAUUCCUGUUGUUAGGCACAAUUUGGCGUAAAAAUUUGCACUUCCGAAAAAUUACAAUUACAUUUUACGAAAGGCGGAAGAACAUCCCGCUUUGCGCUUCCUAUUCAAGAAGGAUAUUUAACAUGAGUACUUCAAAGGUGAAUCAUUCAAAAGCAGCUGUCUGUUAAUAAGUAAAGCAACAACAUCAAAUACCUUUCUGCCAUAAUUGUUCGUGAUUUCUUUAUGAUAAAAUCAUUUCAAAUGAAAAAAUAAUUUCGUCUGCACUGACCAAAAAAAAAACUCCACAUAUACAUAUGUAGAGAUAUAUAUGUUUGCAUGGUCGCCGCAUUGUUUUGUCAUUAAUUUUGUAAUGCGAUUAAUAAGGGCACACACAAUUUUCGCAUGUUUUUCUUGUUUCAGCCAUUAUAUAAUACUGAUAAAGGGCAAUUGACAUUGAAAGAUAACACAAAUAAUAUUGUAAAUGCUUCUUUCUUGUUUGUGUAUUCUUCAUUGUUGCAUUAGCAAUGCUGCCACCAAUGUAACGAGCCGAUGCUAUUUUGUUUGCAAUAUAAACAAAUGAUACCGGAAAUGUACGGACUAGCCUAUCGAAAGUGCUCAUGCUGAGCACAUAGUGGCUGUUGCUACUUGUUAUCGGAAGUUAUAAAAUGCUUCAAUUAGUUCAGCUAUGACAUACUAGAGAUAUAUAUUUAUAAUUUAAAUAUGGUUCUAGAGAAUUCUAAAUUUAAAGGCAUUGCAAUCGAAUAUAUGGAUAUAAGAAGUGCAUAAAUAUAUCCAUGCAUCUAUAUAAGCAGAGAACUUGUAACAAUUCUUGUAUGUACUAUGAUAAUAAUAGUAUGGUUUCUUGGUUAAUUGAGGUUCCGAAAAGUCAGUAUUAUUAAUAUUCAUACAAUGUCAAAAGUUCAAACGUGUUUCUUUAAAAGCGCUCCUAGUUCUUGGACCGCCUUAAGGUAUGCAAUGUUUUCACUAACGAUUUACUAACACUUAAAAUUGUUAAAAUGGCUCACUACCCUCCGCGAUUCACAACCACAAAGCAGGCAGCAAAGCUAGCAACCACAUAUUUGAAUUUAUUCCAUAUAUACGCCAGCAGGUGGCGCAGUAGUACGUGUUCUGCUAGAGAACAAUAACUGUGUUUUUCUUUUCAUAAAUAAUUUUUAAAAUAUAUUUAUUAAUCAAUUAGUUUUAAUUAUUUAAUUAUAUACAGGUAUAUAUACUUUAUUAUUAAAUAAAUUCAAAAAAAAACCAUCUCCGCGAAAAUUUUUAUUGUUUCUAUACAUGCAACCCUGUGUUAGUCACCCUUCUUUCACACAAUUCGCCGUCAAAUGGAAACCAAACAAUUCAGUGAAAUUUUAAAAGUCGUCGCGAGUGGUUGUUUUCUCAUCAAUUAAUUGUGUUACGAGCAAGUAUUUUGAAACAGAAAAAAUCGUUUAAAGCAUUAACGAGCGGUUAAUAUUUAUAGAGUGGUGCAGUAGUACAGAAAUUUGGAGGGAGGAGGAAGCUUUACAAAUUUUUGGAAAUUUUCCAUUAACACAGCAGCUGCGUCAAUUCGAAUAUACGAUAUAUUGCUAACUUCACUUUUGAUUUGUACAGUUCAUACAUUUGUUAUACCUACUUGCACUUGUGGGAAAAUCGAAAAUGGUGCUGACGAACUUUGAGUGCUGGGCACAUGGUGGCGGCGCAGUCAUUGGUAACGCUGAAUUGUCGGUUAAUUCUCGUGACAUGGACAUGUUUAAUCCACGAGAAGUGCAGCAGAGAUUGAAUACCGCAAACACAGGCACAUCAUCUGUGUCACACAUUUCCUCCAAUGGUUAUUAUGGAUUCUCCUAUGUGAAUGUAGCCCACGAGCUAGGUGACAAUUACCACCGCAACGGUAUUACACACGACGCCAACAAUAUUAAUAAUAACAACAACAAUAACACAUGUGUGCCAAACGCAAAUGAUGUCAAUGGCAUGGAUGUUGGCGGUGCAACCGCUGGCGCAGCUACUGUAUUUGGCAGCGGUAUAGGUGCCACACAGCGCCGUAAGAAGCGCUACUUUGUGAGUGACGAUGAUUACGCCAACUGUGCGUUGCUCGAUGGCUGCGACAGCGGCGUUGGCAUUCAUGAUGUCGCAGUCGCCGGUUUGGAUGGGUGCGCGCCAAAGCGCUGCCGCUUCGACAAUGACUAUGCUGUCGCUCCGUCUUGUAAUGAUUUCUUCGCGCUCCCCUCUACACAAAUUGGCACGCAGUCUUGUCUAAUGGAUACUGAGGACAUACAACAACAACAACAACCACAGGUAGAUGUCAAUACCGGCGCUGCAAAUUUCACCAAUCAAACCAACAGUACAACAAGUAAUACACACUAUAUCACAACACAAGAGCACGAUCAGUUGAUGCAACAACAACAACAACAACAACAACAACAAGUAAUUAAUGCUUCCAAUUAUCAGCAACAAAACGAAGCGCAAGCACCUCCAGUAGUUGUAUACCAACAACAACAUAAUUAUCAAGGUCACUUGCAUCGCGCCAAUCGGGAUGUUAGUCGUUGCUUAUUGUCGCACAUGAUCUAAAUUAGACCAAACAGAAACGUACAUAUCGUUCAGCGCAAAUACAAUUUAGCAAAAUAUUAGACUAAGACAAAAUAUAAUAUAACGAACAUAAAUGAAAUUACAAUGAAUAGUCAUGAAUUUCACUUUAUAAUUUUAAUUUUUAUAAUUAAAAAAAGCGUAUUAUUUUUCUAAAUUUUUCAAAUUCGCAACGAAUUAGAUUUUAGUUUAUUAUUUUAUGAUUAUUUUAGCUGCUAUGCAAUAUUAAAGCAACUUUGAGUACCUUCGCUUAGCAUAAUUCUAUUAUAAAUUAAAUUUUGUAUAAUUGCUUUUAUGUAUGCUAAAAUAGUAGUUAUAUUUUAAGCAACAAGCAACCAAACCACCUCAGAUGCAAUACUAAAAACACUACUUAAAUACCUGGUAACGCAAUAUAUAAAUAUACAUACUUAUACAUAUGUAUGUAAAUAUUGUUUUUGUAAAAUUAUGUAUUUAUGUAAAAUAUUUGUAUAGUUUGCAACUGAAUUUUUGUAUGCACAAAUGUACUUAAAUGAAAUUGAAGUGUAAUUGCUUGUGAAAUUAAAUGCAAGGCAUACAAAUUAUUUUUAAAAAAUGUAUGCAUCAUUUCACUUUGUGCUAGAAUAAGUGAAUAUACAGUAUGAAUCCGUUGGCACAUAUUUUUAUUGGAUUUGUAAGCUUAAAUUUCGCACGAGAGUUUAUAUGCCAUUGCCGAAGAUAAGCGUUGGAAGAGCUUCUGAAAAGUGUGACAAAUUAUACAGAUCGGUAUACAAUAAUAAUGUGAAAUAUUGCAUAUAAUCGACUACUAAAAUAUACUAAACAUAUGAUGACUAAUGAGUUGAGCAUUAAAUAUACGUGUGUAUGUAUAUCAAUAUUUUUUACCGAACUAAAAAUUACCAAAUUUUAGACAAACACAAUUUUUAACAGCAAUUCCAUGUACAUAUAUUAAUCGUAUAAAUACAUCAGUUAUGAAAUUGCAAAUAAAGCACAAUAGUGAAAAUUAUUUAUAUUUUGUAUAUUUAAAUAUGCUAAUUUAAGACAAUGAACACGUAUACGAAUGUAUAUAUAUUUAUUUUGAACAAGCUCUCCAAACUUGAGACUCUGUUCUUCUAACUGUUUGGCGACUAUAAAUGACUAACAUAACGAUUGGUUCACGUAUUUUAGCAACGACUUGUUAAAACUUUAGAAGCUGCUUGUGUUUAUAUCUUACAAAGAGUACAUACAGGACUUCAAAGAAUCAACACAAUCUCGUUGCGCUUGUGUGCCUAUUUAGGCAAGUGAACCGUAAAUGAUAUAUAUAUUAAUCCCGUGCAAACAUUUUUUAUAAAAAUUCUUUAAACUACAGUAUUUUGAUAUGCAAGUAAAACAUUUUAUAACUCUCAAAAAAUACAACUUCAUUUUCGUAUUGGCUAAAUUUAUGCUCUUAUUCAUACUGUUGUUGUUUUGUUGUCAUGCUGUUCAUACAUACAUAUGUAUAAAAUAGACCACUGCAAGUCAGUCCAAAUUCUACACAUAUAAAAACACAUAUGUAGAUUCACAUAAAUAUGCAAAUUUGGACGCAUUCCAAUAUUUUGUUACUUCAACUCACUCUCUUCUUACUUUCUUACAGCAACAAAAUGCCAACAAGCCAUAGAUUAUGGUGUUAAUUUAAACGUAUAUCACAAUAAUAAUAAUAAUAAUAAUACAACUAACAAAUAUAGCAACAAACUCUUUUACAAUAACCAACACCGUUUGGGUUGCGGGAAGAGCAGAAGUGUUGAUAAAAGUUGUGAAAACAGCUGUACUGUAGAUGUGCUAGACGCUCAUUUUGUUGGUGUCAAUGAGAACAAUCCAUAUUUAAUGCAGCAAGCAAAGUUUCCUUCAUUUGCUGUUGAUUGCAUGAGUGAUGAGAGUUCUGCAGUAGAAGCAGCAGCAAGAAGCACCAAUGCGGAUAAUUCCGUCUUAGCAGCGUUGUAUAACAAAACACAUGGCGGAGCAUUUUACCAGUUUGAAGUAAGCAACAACGACAAUCAACCGUAUGUUGAGGAUAUUUGAGAAACUUGUUUUAUGAGAAGCGGCGCGUUAACAAACCCAAAUAUCUCCUUAUAGCCAAAUAAAACCAAAAAAAAAAAAAAACCUAAUUACGAAUGUUUGCAUACAAACAUAUGCAUGUUUAAAAAUAGGAACUAAUGAACGGAUUUUUGUGAAUCAGUGAGAAAUACAAUACAUAUAGCACGAAUUUAACAGUUUCUAAAAUUAUGCAUUAAGUUUGAGUUCAAGUGUUAGCAAUCGCGAGAGAGAAUUAAACUCUAAAUUAUGUGAGAGGAUGUGAAUGGGACGCCUUGUAUACGAAUCGGUGAUAAGAAAUAAAACUUUGCACAAAUAAAAGUUAAGAAUGGCGAGUUUUUUUGUAAAGCGCGCUGAGGUAUGAGAAUUGAACAUUAAUGAUUUGGAAAAAAUGCAAAAACUUAGAGCACAUGAAAAGAAAUAUUUAAAUAAUACAACUAUUAAUAAUACUAUUAUUAAAUCAAAAUAACUGUAAAUCAAAUUAUGUUUGAAUAUAUGGUAUUAACCACCUAAAUAAGUAUAUACAUAUGUACGUGUAUACGCGCAGUAAACCAUAUCACGUAAUUAAAACCGAAUAAACUCACUCACUUUUUAAACGAUUAUAUUAAAAAAAAUCAAACAUAACUACGUUUACCCUAUUUACACUGAAGCAUGGUACUUGUCGUUUGUAUUAACAAGUGAUCGCUUAAUGAAAUACUAAUAGUUGCAUUUUAAGUUAACUUAACUUGAAGAAUAAAUUGAAAUUGUCUUAAAAAAAAGUAAUUUAUUUAAACCGAUUGUGAAAGAGCAAGCUAUGGAAUUGAAGAAUAUCUCUGAAUUGUAGUAAAUUUAAUAAACUGAAAUCAAAUAAAUUGAAAUAUUUAUGAAGUUA